AAUUGUUAUACUUUUUCCACCUUUUUGGCUUCUAUCUACUAUGGUAUAGCGGUGAGAGAAUGUGACUCUUCCAGAAAAAAGAAACCUGAGUACACUACAAACCAUAGAAAGCCUUUGUAUUAGUCUUGUUACUCAUGAUAUCAAAUUAGAAAAACCAAUUUCUUUCAACCAUGGGAGAAAAAGAGAAGAACAAGAACAAGAAGCAAAAGCACCAGCAUCCAAAUGACCAAACCACCAAACAAGCCUCUGAUUUCUCCUUCAAACUAAGCUCAGAGGUAAAGGGUAUCCGAUUUGGCGGCCAAUUCAUAGUGAAAUCCUUCACAAUCCGCAGAGCAAGACCCCUAGAGCUUCUCAAAGUGCUCUGUUUUCCACCACCAACAACCACCACGGCCGCCGCCGCCACCGCCACCAAGAAGCCCCCUUUCCCUUCCACCACCGCAUUCUUGCCCACAAACUUCACCAUCUUAGCUCACCAAGCAUGGCACACACUCACCCUUGGCCUUGGAACCAAGAAAUCCAAAGUUAUCAUCUUUGUGUUUGAAACAGAGGCCAUGAAGGUUGCAGUGGAUCGAGCAUGGCCCUCUGAGAUAGCACUCGGUGAGGUGAACAAGAAACUCAUAAAGGGUCUCAAUGGUUGUGAAAUGGCGCGGUUCAAGUUCAGAAAAGGGUGCAUCACUUUCUAUGUCUUCGCCGUGAGGAGAGUUGGGAACUUUGGUUUCCCCUGUUCUGAGGAUCUGAGGACUGUUCUGCAGUCUGUGGUGGAGCUCAAAGAUUUCUUGGAUCACACUGCUAUGCUUUCCAUGCCACACCAGAGAAGCAUUAACUACUCUCAUACACAGGUUGCAAUGGCUCAUUAGACAAAACUAUGAUCAAGAUCAAUCAUCAAAGUUUCUAUAUAUGUUAUGUGUCUUGUUUGGAUCAACUUCUAUUUCUGCAUAAUCAAUUCUGAAACAUAGAAGCUACUCAUAGAAGUUUCUUACCUGUAUUGAUUCUGAUUUCAGAACCAAUUGGGGUAGGAUUUCCAAAUAUGCACUGCAUUGACAUGUGAUCUUAUUAGGAUCUUUGUUUUGUUAACUUGUUUCUAAUUAGUCUUUGGAAUUUUUUGGAGACUAGUUAUUAUUGGUUUAUUGGCUGAUGAUUUUGUUUGAUCUGUUUUUCAUUUUCUUUUCUCUGUUUUCCUUUUUGAAUUUUGGGGGAAAUGGAAGUGUAAUUUAGCAUGAAUAAUUUGGGCAUUGGAUUGAGGUUUAUACAGCGAAUCCGUGAAUCCAGGUUGCAUUUGUACUUUUUGUUGAUACUUGCUAAUACAAAUUUGUAAAGGGGUGCAAGAGUUAGCCUAA